ACCACCGACCAAAUCCGUUGGUUCCGCUGUGCCUGAGGAGAGGCCUAAAUCCUGUCAUUCUUCCAAAAGUAUGUAGGCAAGAGGCCACCCUAACUUUACUAUCACUCCACAAUGUCUUGGGCUCCAGAGUGGAAGAGGGUGGAGUCUAAUCCAAGAGAUCCUGGAGGCAGCUGGGAUAAUAGGGGUGGCCAUGGUGGAGCUCGAGAAGGUAGAGGCCAAGGCAGAGGAGGGCGACACAGUGGAGGCCAGGGUGGCGGAAGCUGGGAUGGCAGAGGCCGAAGCAGAGAUCCUGGCAGAAGCCAAGGCCAAGGCCAAGUCAGUGAUUCAGGCAGAGGAAGAGACCAAGGCCGAGACAGUGAUCUGGGAGGAGGCGGAGGCGAAGAUAGUGAUUCCAGCAGAGGCCGAGGCUCAGGAGGAGACAGUGAUUCUGGCAGAGGCCGAGGCCAAGGUCAAGACAGUGAUCCGGGUGUAGGUGGAGGCCCAGACCAAGACAGUGAUCCUGUCAGAGGUGGAAGCCCAGACAGAGAUAGUGAUCUGGGCCAAUGCCAAGGUCAACACCAAGGCAAAGACUAUGGCUGGAGUAGUCUCUCAGACCAUCUGGGGCCUAGGGCCACAGGAUCACGUGAACUACCACUCUGUUUUAGCUUGAACAACAAUAUGGUUGGUGUAGUAAUUGGUCGCGGUGGAUCAAAAAUAAAAGAUAUACAACAUUUAACAAACACUAAGAUACAGAUCAUAAAGGGGGAUUCUGAAGCAGAGGUAAAAAUUUUUGGUAGCCAUGACAUGAAAGCAAAGGCAAAAGAAGCCAUAGAAACUCUUCUUAAAAAACAACAAAGCUACAAUUCAAAAUAUGCUGAUAAUGCUGCAUCCCAACUCCCUUCUGAAAGCAGUUUAAGCACAAAUUACACUGUCAGAAGGGCUCAACCACUGUUAGAUUGGGACCAAAUCCGGGCAGAGUCUAUGAAAUGGGAAAAAAGAAAAUGGGCAGAUUUGCCACCAAUUAAGAAAGAUUUUUACAUAGAAUCCAAAGAAACAAGCUUGAUGUCUGAAGCUGAGGUGGAUAACUGGAGAAAGGAAAAUUUCAACAUAAUAUGUGAUGACUUGAAAAUUGCUGAGAAACGCAUCAUCCCUAAUCCAACUUGUAAAUUUAAAGAUGCGUUCCAGCAAUAUCCUGAACUGCUGAGAAACAUAACAAUGGCUGGCUUCCAAAAGCCAACACCAAUUCAGUCACAAGCAUGGCCAAUUAUUCUACAAGGAAUAGAUCUUAUAGGAGUGGCCCAAACUGGAACAGGCAAAACAUUGGCCUAUUUAAUGCCUGGGUUUAUUCAUCUCAGUUCUCAACCAAUACCUAAAGAACAAAGGAAUGGACCGGGCAUGCUAGUUCUUACACCAACUAGAGAAUUAGCUCUUCAGGUGAACUCUGAAUGUUCAAAGUAUUCAUAUGAAGGUCUUAAAAGUAUAUGUAUAUAUGGUGGUGGAAACAGAAAAGAGCAAAUACAAGCUAUUACAGAAGGUGUAGAUAUCAUUAUUGCAACUCCAGGAAGACUAAAUGAUCUGCAAAUGAAUAAUUUUGUCAACCUAAGAAGUAUAACCUACUUGGUCUUGGAUGAGGCAGACAAAAUGUUGGAUCUAGGGUUUGAACACCAGAUAAUGAAGAUUUUACUAGAUGUGCGCCCAGACCGACAGACAAUUAUGACAAGUGCAACUUGGCCAGAUACUGUGCGUCGACUUGCACAUUCUUAUUUGAAAGAGCCUAUGAUUGUUUAUGUGGGUACUCUAGAUCUGGCUGCUGUACAUACAGUGAAGCAAAAUGUAAUUGUUACCACAGAAGAAGAAAAACGAGCUCUUAUCCAAGAAUUCCUAAAAAACAUGUCACCCCAAGACAAAGUCAUAGUGUUUGUCAGCAGAAAACUUAUUGCUGAUGACCUAUCAAGUGAUUUAAGCAUCCAAGGCAUACCUGUACAAUUACUGCAUGGUGACAGAGAUCAGAGUGAUCGAGAACAAGCAUUAGAGGACUUCAGAACUGGAAGAGUGAAGAUACUGAUUGCAACUGAUUUAGCAUCUCGAGGUCUUGAUGUUGAUGACAUCACACAUGUAUAUAAUUAUGAUUUUCCACGGAAUAUUGAAGAAUAUGUGCACAGAGUAGGACGUACUGGAAGAGCAGGGAAGACUGGUAUUUCAAUAACCCUUUUCACUAAAAGUGAUUCAAAGACUGCCAAUGAAUUAAUUAAAAUUCUAAAAAGAGCAAGUCAGAUUAUCCCAGAAGAUCUUGCAACUAUGGCAGAAGAAUACCAACUUCAUGAAGAAAAAAAAGACACAGAAAGAAGAUCAAGAAAAUAUCAAGGAAAAUCCAAGAAGUUUAAUUAAAGUUUUUUGUUGAAAAACUCCACCAGGCUAAAGGAAGACUUAAAGCAUGUUAAAUAUAUGCAGUGUUCAAGAGACACAGUAUUAGAAAUAUACUGGAAGUCUGAAGAAACAAUCAAUUCUUGAAUAAUACUGCUAAGCUUUUACAGCUGUGCAUGUUCCUUAAUAAACAAUAUGUUUUAAAAUGAGAGUGAUAGAUUAUUAUGUGAGCAAAAAUUAAAUGUUAGCUAUUGCUUAAA